CUUUCCUCCCAAGGAGCUGCUGGGUAGGUUUGAACCGCCAACGUUUCAGAACCGAGAGCUUAACCAUUGAGCCACCAGGGCUCCUUUUCUCUUUCGAAGCUAGUCUCUGGUUUAUUUUAAUAUCACUCGUACACAUCUAUGAAUUAAAAAACUUGCAGAGUUACUCGUGUUUACUUUAGUGUAAUGUAGAUGUCACAUUAUCAAAACCUUGAAAGCGUAACCACACCUAGAAGCUAAAUUUUACAGAAAGGUUGUUUCUAGGGUUGUCAGGUUUAGCAAAUAAAAACACAGGAUGCCCAGUUAAAUGUGAAUUUCAAAUGAAUAACAAAUAAUUUUAUACUGUAAGUGUAUGCUCUGUGCAAUAUGUAGGACAUAUUUAUACUAAAGAGGUGUUCAUUGUUUAUUUGAAAAUCAUAUUUAACUGGGCGUCCUGUACAUUAUCUGACAACCUUACCAGCGACUCAUCCUUUGGGCAAACUCUCCAGAUGUGCAUCUUAAUUAUAUCCGCAGAAAGGAACAGCCUGUUUUUAUCACUCAGUGAAAAGUUAAAUGUUCAAUUAUUUUGGUAGUAGAUGUAUAUUAAGUAAUAGCAAUGGACAGUUCUGCUUUUCUCUGGAACUGGGAUGAAUUAUGUAACCCUGCCUUUAAAAACCCCAAACAAAAAAAAAAAAAGUUCAGGACAGCAAUUUAAAACAAAACAAAAAAAAUCAGAACAGUAUAAUUUUAACUGUUCUUUGCAGAAUAAGACAAGGAUUAAAAUGUUUCUUAAAAAUUAAGCUGUCAAAAACAGUAAUAAAUAUUUAUUAGUGAAGGAAAUCAACUUUGCAGAGCUGAAUACCUGUUAGCUGAAUACCUGUUGCACACCACAGUACAGGAACUUCUUGAACCUUGUGAAGCCUAGUUGUAUCAGGAAGAGGCAGAGAAGAAGGAAGCUUGCUAAUGAACAAGCCACUCUUGAGAAAGUGUUAGUUCCUCUAACACAGUAAGAAAUAUUUUAGCCAAUAAAGUUAAUAUUGGCAUAUAUACAUACAUGGGGAGGGAGUGACAACAUUUACUUGGUAAGAGAAAAGAAUGUAUGACUCAUUAAGUCAUCAAAUAAUAAAAGUGUCCCAGAACAGAACAAAUCAUUCCACAAGUUUAUUCCAAUUGGAUAACUCAUUUUCAAAGAAAUUUUACAGAAAGAAUUGAUCGUAGUACAUUUAUAAUGUUAAUCUAAUUUUAUAGCCAGAGUUUUUGCGCAUGCUCUUUUCAUCAUCAUAGUCCUGCUUAUAAGUAUUACAUUUGCAUAUGUUGGGAUUCAAUUUCCACAGUCUCCUGUAUUUCUGCAUGUCUAGUUUUAAAGGUAUGGAUAGUAUAUCCCUUGGGAGCAGAGAAAUUUAUUUGCUGUCCAAGAUAAUAAAGGUAAUGUCUCCCUCUAGGGCAAAGUUUGGGUAGGUUUGCUAGCAGCCUGUUUAAAAGAUUGGAGUUUCCUAAUCUUAGCGUUCCUCCCUUCAGAUGCAAACCCACUGCCUGCCUAGCAUCUACCUGACUGCUCCAUAUCACCCUGUGGGACUUGAGGGCAAAAGGGAUUUGAUGGGAAUAUGAGCUCAUGCUGCCUGUUAUCCUAUUUCUGCUGCAGAAAACCAUGGAAAUGAAUCAGGCGUAAGGGAGCUGCUGAAAAGGAUUGUGCAGAAAGACAACUGGUUUUCUACAUUUCUGACAGUUCUAAAUCAAACAGGAAACAACAUCCUUUUUCAAGAGUUAACAGGUGCCAGUUGCUUUGAAAGCAAUGCAGAGAUUGAGAAUUUAUCACAAAGAGAUGGUCCUGAACCUGAAGAGCCACUUCUUUCUGCCACAGAUCAGCCAAGUUCAGAGAAAGAGAGCUGGGACAUGGAGAAUAAUUCAUCAGAAUCAUCUUUUGCAGAUUCUUCUGUAGUUUCAGAAUCAGACACAAGUUUGGCAGAAGGAAGUGUCAGCUGCUUAGAUGAAAGUCUUGGACAUAACAGCAACAUGGGCAGUGAUUCAGGCACCAUGGGAAGUGAUUCAGAUGAAGAGAAUGAGAUGAAAAGAGCAUCCCCUGAGCCCGAACUGCAUCUUAGGUCUUACCAAAUGGAAGCUGCUAAACCAGCCUUAGAAGGGAAGAAUAUCAUCAUAUGCCUCCCUACAGGGAGUGGGAAAACCAGAGUGGCUGUGUAUAUUGCCAAGGAUCACUUGGACAAGAAGAAAAAAGAUUCUGAACCUGGAAAAGUUAUAGUCCUUGUCAAUAAGGUACCUUUAGUUGAACAGCUCUUCUGCAAAGAGUUCAAACCAUUUUUGAAGAAAUGGUAUCGUACUAUGGGAUUAAGUGGUGAUACCCAACUGAAAAUAUCGUUUCCAGAAGUUGUCAAAUCCUAUGAUGUUAUUAUCAGUACAGCUCAAAUUCUUGAAAACGCCCUUUUAAAUUCAGAAAAAGGAGAAGAUGCUGGUGUCCAGUUGUCAGACUUUUCCCUCAUCAUCAUUGAUGAAUGCCAUCACACCAACAAAGAAGAAGUCUAUAAUAACAUCAUGAGGCGUUAUUUGAAACAGAAGUUGAAAAAUAAUAAACUCAGAAAAGAAAACAAACCAGCGAUUCCUCUACCUCAGAUACUAGGAUUAACUGCUUCGCCUGGUGUUGGAGGGGCUACAAAACAAGAGAAAGCUGACGAACACGUUUUAAAAAUAUGUGCCAAUCUUGAUGCAUUUACCAUUAAAACUGUGGAAGAAAAUAUUGGUGAACUCAGAGCUCAAAUAAAGGAGCCAUGCAAGAAGUUUGCAAUUGCAGAUGACACCAGAGAAGAUCCAUUUAAAGAGAAACUUUUAGAAAUAAUGACAAAGAUUCAAACUUUUUGCCAAAUGAAUCCAAUGUCAGAUUUUGGAACUCAACACUAUGAACAAUGGGCCAUUCAAAUGGAAAAAAAAGCUGCAAGAGAUGGAGAUCGCAAAGAACGUGUUUGUGCAGAGCAUUUGAGAAAGUACAAUGAGGCCCUACAAAUUAAUGACACAAUACGAAUGAUUGAUGCAUAUAAUCAUCUUGAAACUUUCUAUAAUGAUGAGAGAGAAAAGAAGUUUGCGGUCCUAGAAGAUGAUAGUGAUGAGAGUGGUGACGGUGAUGAUGAUGGUGACAAAGAUGAGGAUGAUGAAAAGAAGCCUUGGAAACUGGAUGGGACAGAUAGAUUUCUCAUGACUUUAUUUUUUGAAAACAAGAGAAUGUUGAAAAAACUGGCUGAAAACCCAGAGCAUGAAAAUGAAAAACUGAUGAAAUUAAGAAACACCAUAAUGGAACAGUAUACUAGGACUGAGGGAUCAGCCCGGGGAAUAAUUUUUACAAAAACACGACAGAGCGCAUUUGCUCUUUCCCGGUGGAUUACUGAAAAUGAAAAAUUUUCAGAAGUAGGAGUCAAAGCCCACCAUCUGAUUGGAGCUGGACACAGCAGUGAGUUCAAGCCUAUGACACAGAAUGAACAAAAAGAAGUCAUUAGUAAAUUUCGCACUGGAAAAAUAAAUCUGCUUAUCGCGACCACAGUGGCAGAAGAAGGUCUGGAUAUCAAAGAAUGCAAUAUCGUUAUCCGCUAUGGUUUCGUCACUAACGAAAUAGCUAUGGUCCAGGCCCGUGGUCGAGCAAGAGCUGAUGAGAGCACCUACAUCCUGGUUGCCCCCAGCGGUUCAGGAGUUAUUGAACGUGAGAUAGUUAAUGAUUUCCGAGAGAAAAUGAUGUAUAAAGCUAUAGACCACGUUCAAAAUAUGAAACCGGCGGAGUAUGCUCAUAAGAUUUCAGAAUUACAGAUGCAAAGUAUAAUGGAAAAAGAAAUGAAAAUCAAAAGAAGUAACGCAAAGCAUUACAAGGAGAAUCCAUCAUUAAUAACUUUCCUCUGCAAAAACUGCAGUGUGCUAGCAUGCUCUGGAGAAGACAUUCACGUGAUUGAGAAGAUGCAUCAUGUCAAUACGACACCGGAAUUCAAGGAGCUCUACAUUGUGAGAGAAAACAAAGCAUUGCAAAAAAAGUUUGCCGACUGUCAAACAAAUGGCGAGAUUAUCUGCAAGUGUGGCCAAGCUUGGGGAACGAUGAUGGUGCACAGAGGUUUAGAUUUGCCUUGUCUCAAAAUAAAGAAUUUUGUAGUCAGUUUCAAAAACAAAUCACCAAAGAAGCAGUACAAAAAGUGGGUGGAAUUACCUAUCGCAUUUCCUGAUCUUAACUAUUCAGAAUAUUGUUUGUUCAGUGAUGAGGAUUAGCAUUUGAUUCAAGAUUUUUUUAAAAAUAUUGUGAACUUAAUUAUAUGUAAUAUUAUUUUGAUUCAUGUUUUUAUUAUAAUACAGGUUGAUGUGAGAAUUAAUAAAAUCAUUGCUUGACCUUGCACUGAACUCUUAAAAAAAGGCAAUUUAUUAUGCUUUGAAUUAUCCAUCUUGAUGGUGGGGUAAAGAAAAUCUACUAAUAAUAUUAAUUUGUGUGUGGGACAUUAUGAAACUGUGGAAAGAAUGCUGGCAUAUACAUGAGAAUCCUAGGUACCAAUCUCAGUCCUGUCACUAAUUCCCAAAAUAAAAUUAGGCAAAUCAGUUCCAUCUUUCUGUCCCAGUCUCCUUAACUGUGGGAAGGUUAUAAUAUUAUUGGCCUUUGCUUAUAUCAGUUGUCUGUUCUGUCUACAAAUUACCACAAACUUAGUGGUUUAACACCCAAAACCCAACCCAUUGCCAUCAAGUCGAUUCCGACUCAUAGCGACCCUAUAGGACAGAGU